AUGGGUAAAUUGUUGCGCAAAGGAUAUGAAUUAGGCUUUGCCCCGCCUAUUUCGAUUGGGAGGAAGUCGGUAGUUCGCUUAUCUGAUAAUGCGAAGUAUGCUGGUGACCCGAAAUGGGAUAAGUGUUUGGUUGGAUAUUAUGUGGGCAAGAAUGUGCCAUUCAGGAUCACCGAAUUGGCCUUGAAACAGGCCUGGGGCGCGCAUCUUGCGGAAGUCUUGGCAAAUGAUGAUGGAUUCUAUUUCUUCAUCAUUCCGGAUGAUGAAUUCAGGAGAAAAAUUCUGGAUGGAGGCCACUUGACAGUGGCUAGAGUCCCCCUUGUGCUGAAACAAUGGCACCGAAAUAUGGAACUCAAGAAAGAACUCCAAUCUUCUGUUUCAGUUUGGAUUCGCCUUAAGAACAUCCCGUUUGCGUAUUGGUCGGCUUCGGGAAUCAGUGAAAUUGCAAGUGCAGUAGGGAGGCCCCUGUAUGUAGAUCCCUUAACUGAGAAAAUGAAGCGCCUAUCCUUCGCCAGGGUAUGCGUUGAGAUCUCUGCAAAAUUGGAGAAAUGCGAGCAGGUAGAAGUAUUGGUGGAUGACGAAUCUUUCUCGGUCAAAGGAGGAGCCCAAGCAACCUUUGUGAGUACUGCUACUGUGAUACCUGCUGCUGCAAAACCUACUGUUGUUAAGUAUAUUGCUGUUAAUACAGAUCCGACUUUAUCAUCGACUGUUGCUGCUGAUCCUGUUCAGCUUAUAUCAUCUGCCUCUGAGGAUGGCUGGAAACAGGUUACGAAUAGGAAGAAAAAACAAAAUGCAGGGCAGAUGGAGGCUAUAACAACACCCCCAAGUUCGGAUUUGAAGGCUAAAGCUAUAGAGGGCCAGUCAAAUCAGAGUGAUUCUGAUGAUCAAAAUAGCCCAAGGGUAGCUAAUGAAGAAAGCUCAAAGGCUCUUGUAAUCUCUAAUCCUAAUGAUGCCUCCACAGCUCUAUCUCCUAACGAAGACUUGGAGGAUGGUUCUAGUGGAGUCAGUAGUAGUAGUAGUGAAGGUGAGGAUACGGUUCGUGCUGAUCCAAGCCACCUGGAUGACCCGCAAUCUAGUCUUGAGGCCCCUCCCAAUCAAAAAUACGUCCCCAAGGCUGCUGUCUCAAAAACUCCUGUUAUUGCUCCGAGCAAAGGGCGGAGCAAAAGAAGGCCUAGUCGUCGAUAA